GCCGGAGCGGGUCGCGCCGGAGGGGGGCGGAGGCGGAAGUGGCGGUGCCGGGCCCGGGGAGUAGGAAGGAGCCGGGGCUGUAGCCGGAGUGGAGCGGCUGCCAGCCGAGGAGCAGGCGCGGCCGCGGCGCCAUAUUGCGGCCCUCAGCGGCCGCGACCGAGUCAUGGCCGAGACCUACGACUUCCUCUUCAAAUUCCUGGUGAUUGGCAGUGCAGGAACUGGCAAAUCAUGUCUCCUUCAUCAGUUCAUUGAGAAUAAGUUCAAACAGGACUCCAACCACACAAUCGGCGUGGAGUUUGGAUCCCGGGUGGUCAACGUGGGUGGGAAGACUGUGAAGCUACAGAUUUGGGACACGGCUGGCCAGGAGCGGUUUCGGUCAGUGACGCGGAGUUAUUACCGAGGGGCGGCUGGAGCCCUGCUGGUGUACGACAUCACCAGCCGGGAGACGUACAACUCACUGGCUGCCUGGCUGACGGAUGCCCGCACCCUGGCCAGCCCCAACAUCGUGGUCAUCCUCUGUGGCAACAAGAAGGACCUGGACCCUGAGCGAGAGGUCACAUUCCUGGAGGCCUCCCGCUUUGCCCAGGAGAAUGAGCUGAUGUUCCUGGAGACCAGCGCUCUCACAGGCGAGAACGUGGAGGAGGCAUUCCUCAAGUGUGCCCGCACUAUCCUCAACAAGAUUGACUCAGGCGAGCUAGACCCGGAGAGGAUGGGCUCCGGCAUUCAGUACGGGGAUGCGUCCCUCCGCCAGCUUCGGCAGCCUCGGAGCGCCCAGGCCGUGGCCCCUCAGCCGUGUGGCUGCUGAGCCCUGUGGAGCCAGCUCACCUGUUCUCCAGGACCAGCCCUGCCCUUCCGGCUGGGGCCCAGGCCCAGGCUCCGAGAGGCCGUGUCCUAACCUGCCCUGGCCCCAGAGAAGCUGCGUUGCCACCUGUCCCCCUUCCCUGGCCUGGUGGGGCCUGGCUUUGGGGCAAGACUGAGCCACGGGGGAAGGGGGAUCCCGUACCUGCUGCUGCUUCCUCUGUCUUGGCUAAUGUCUGUCCCCCUGAACCCCUAACCAUACCCCAAGAGCUCCCAAAGCCUGAGACCAGGGUCAUUUGUCCCCAACUCCCCACCUGGCCCUGCUGUUGCUAGUACCUGUUAUUUAUUACCUGGAGGCCUGUCCAGCACCCACCCUACCCCCAUAAAGCAUUGUUUACACCUGUG